GUGCGGAUGUGCGUGUCUGUGUGGAAGAACUGGAAGUUGUGCGGCGAACGGCUAGAUUCCCGCCAGUGCCAGUGGUCCAACUAACCUGCCUGCGACGCACAGUCCACUCAAGUUACGACUUUCAACCGCAACUACUCUCCAUCAUUCCAACUUCACCUUCAACUCCAGCGAAACGCCGAUAGCAAUCCCUUCCUUUCCUUGACGCUAUCUCUCCGAGCUUCCACCUCUCCCUGCCCAGACCUCCCUCUGUGUUCCAUAGCCUUCUCGAUGCAACAACCAUAGCUCCUCCUUCCCGUCCCACUCCCUUCCGAACGUCGAUGACCUGGGGAGUCGUCCCAAGCCGAAGAUGCACAAGAUCAGCAACUUCACUGGCCAGGCCCGUCAUGGCUGGGAACGGAUGACUCCUGCAGCGUUUGGCAUGUCCAGAUUCCACCAGGACCUGUCAACGCCGCAACCACUGAGACGUCCACAAGGCUCACCAGGAAUUGUAUCCCAACCGGCAUCCGAGGCCACAUCCGUCAACCUGUCCUUCAACGUACCCUUCGCCUCGAACCUUGCCGGCCCCAGUCCCGACGAGAUCCUUCACUCGAGCCCUGGUGCUUUUCAACGAUGGACGUUCCCAGCAGGUACCCCCGAAGGCACACCUAUCCACAAACUGCCUGUCCAUGUGCAAAACGAGGAGAGGCUACGCUCUUUGUGUGCAUACAUCAGUGACCAGAGUGGUGGCCACAUCCAAGCGACUGUCACGUCGUCGGAGCCCAAGGCUGGUCCGGCCCUACACCGAAAAUCCCAAGGCCUGGUGACAAACGUCUGCAUAUCAGGGGACGGGGACUUGGUCUACAAGAUGAGAUCGAAAAUACUGAAUGAGACACCAAUCCUGAUGCGCUCUGCAAUUGUGGACAUCGACCCGGCAUUGAUCUUGGACGGUGCAGAGACCGGAAUCCGCUCCAGUGUCCUUAGCCACAUUGACCUUUGUGCCAAAUAUACCGGAACCGAUAUUUUCCUCCUCAAGCCUCGUAACGCCGAGUCGUCUGCUGCCAGUGCCUCUUACGGCAACGGUGUUGACAGCGGCCUGGAUCAGCGGUAUCGAGUAAACAUCUUUGGGGAUAUGGAAAGUGUGGAACAUGCAAAGACCCGGGCAUUGAUGAUGAUUGACCAGAUACUCAAGCAUAAGAUUGACGUGAUCAAACUCGAAGUAUCGAUGCACACUUUGGUUUCGGGCCGAACUGGCAAGAACAUCAAGAUGAUUGAGUCGGCCACCAAGACUGCUAUCUACUUCCCCCCUCCAUUUCCCGGAGUGUUCGGUUACGUACCACCUCACGCCACGCGUCGAGCUGCGGACGAAGUUUUCAUUACAGGAGAAACACAGGAACGUAUCAACCAGGCGAAGCAGAAGCUGAAAGAGCUGGUCAUGGGCAUCAAACUCUACUCCAAAGACGCCGUUGUGUCUGCAAGCAAAAUCGACAACAUCCUCCUCGACCGCCUGGACAAGGUCCGGAAAAUCAUGGAGACGAACGGUUCUCACGUUCUUUUUCCACAGCUUGGCAGCCAACGUGGGCUCGUCCGAGUCCAGGGGACUGAAGUUCUCCAUGUCGAGAGAACGGUGAAGGAGAUCAUGGCUCUUGCUGGCCAGUUCUUCAGUGCUUCAUGGUGGAUCAUGAUGCCUGAUCCUUCGCAAGGUCCCACUCUGCGAGCUCCGUCCCCCGAGGACAUCCGAAUCAUGCUGAGCGACAUUUGCACAAACUCUGGCGCCGAUAUCAGUUUCGAAAAAUUCACCUUCACCAUCAACGGCUCUGACGAUGCGGUCAAGGCUGCAAUGAUGGUUAUUAACCAGAUCCCUUUCGUGAAGAGAACUCCAUAUCAGAUGCGGGUCAAGAUCGAGUUGGCAAACGAGCACAAAGAGUUCGUAAGUGGCAAGAAGAACGGCAAGAUCAAUAAGAUUAUGGGGCAGAGCAAUGUCCAAAUCAUCUUUGAUGGUUUCAACGAGUACAAUUUCUAUAUUGACGUGGUUGGAACUCAGUACGAGGCGACCAAGAAUGGUUUGGAUCUUGUGGAACAAGAGAUGCCGGCGUCAAUUUCGUUCCAUGUUCCUGACCAAUACCACAAACGCAUCAUUGGCAUUGGUGGUCAACACAUCCAACGCAUCAUGAAGAAGUAUUCCGUUUUCGUGAAAUUCUCCAAUGCCAUGGACCGCGGAGGAGUGGGUAAGGAUGAUGAUGACAUCAAAGUUGACAAUGUCAUCUGCCGCACACCAGCACGCAAUGCGCAGAGUUUGGACUUGGUAAAACAGGAGAUUAUGGACAUGGUGGAGAAAGCAGACGCCGAGUUCGUCUCCGAGACCGUGGUGAUCAAUAGACUCUACCAUCGCGAACUGAUUGCCAGGCUGCCUGAGAUUGAGGAGCUGGAGAAGAAAUGGAACUGCAAGAUUGACUUUCCCAACACCGAACAAGCCAGUGAUGUGGUCACCAUAUCCGGUCCAGAAUAUCAAGUUCCACAAGCCGUCGACGCGUUUCUAGGAAUGGUUCCAGAAAGCCACGAGAUUGCUUUCCAGAAGUCGGACGAGCUGGAUGCCUUUUUCAGCAGCGCGGAAUUCUACAACGAUCUUCGUCAGAAGUUCCGGAACCAGUACGAAGUAGACGUGCACGCGAACCCCGAGUUUAGCAGUCUACCGAAGUCAGCUACGGCGUCUGUGGAGCGCAUUGUUGGACCCUCUGAAGGACGACUGGUUCUCACAUACACGCGGAACAAUGCCGGCGGCCUCAAAGACGCCAUCGACUACCUCAUUUCGCAGCUUGUGCCACACGGACUGGAUGCUACCACUGUCAAGGGGGCAAUUCCUCGCCCAAAAUCCGACUCCUUUGAGGACUCGCUGCCUUUCUUCGAAUCCAAGCUCUUGCAAAAUGCGCCAUCCCUCCACUCCACAGAUUCACCAACCCGAUCGAGCUUCGCUGAUGGAGAGAACACAUCGGUGUCUGAGCGAGCCUCUCUGUUUGACCGCCUCCGCAAGCCCGGCAGCAUCUCGUCUUUUUCGUCAUUCAUGAGCCGCAAAAACCAGAACAAUUCUCCAGGGACGUUCUUCAAGCAUGCAUCUUCUAACGCGAGCAAGGCAUCUCUGAUCUCCAUGGAGAGUCGGGAGAGCGGAUACAGAAACUUUUGGAACGACAGUGGCGUCAAUCUCCCCGAGGAAGAAGUUUCCAAUUCUUCAAUGAGUGGUGGCUGGCCAUCACGUUUUCGAGAAGACAAAUUCCCCUUCGGCACGGGUGGCAGCAUCUCCGGAGAUCGAACUCCCAAGCAUGAGCCUCGUGCAAGCUUCGACUCGGGCAGGCCACCAACAUCACAUUCUUUUUCUUCAUACCCGGCACCGAUUGGGCCACAUCAUCACAAUCAGAUCCUGGGCAGUUCGAACGGACCUGCCAGCAAUUUGAAUCUUCCUUUACGCUAGGCUUUGGAGAAGUCUGAGUUGAUCAGAAAAAGUGAAUGACCAAUGAUACCCCGACAUCGAUAUGCAGUUAUGAUUAUCUGCCAUUAUGUCUAGCGAGAUACCCUUUGAUGCUACAACGAAAAAGUCAAGAAGAGAAGGAGGAGGGCGCUGACAGUUUUGGAUUUACCGCUUGUUAUGGAACCCAAGCAAUGAGUUGCACUUACGUUGUUUGCCUGAGGUCGGGCUUACCAAAAGACGAUUUCCUUUACUUCCAUGUCUGACAGACGCUCGUUAGGUCUCUGGUUUUCCAAGAUACCCUACACGAUUCACAUGCGUGGGUGGUGGUUGCAAAUUGUCCUGAUUGAAGUCAUGCAGACAAAUUGCCGCUGCCGCUUGGAGUGGUGAAGUCGAAAAAAAAAAGAGAUAUACCCCAGAAAGCUAUCUAGAGUAAAAUGCAUAUCCACAUGAACGGAGGCUUGUGAUUGAUGAUAGAUGUAUGUAUGUUACAUUUGCACGAGCGAGACUGGGUCGUCGAGGCAGCCCCUUACAUUAGUACUUGCAGGAGUAUUUCUAG